GUGCGGUUUUUAUGUCUUGCGGUGCGGCUCAGGUGCGAAUUCAGUCCCAUUAUCUUCUAUGGGUACGCAUCUAAAUCGCAGGUGUGUUGCGGUUUGAACGGAAGUUUUUUUUUCUCCUCCACCACCUCCCCCUUUUCCUAGUUCCUCCUCUGUCUGUUUCAUGCUGCUGAGGUGAGUAGCCAUGUCCAAAAAACGGAGCAAAAAAGUCACUGCUAAGGUGAAGGACUGUGUGGAUUCCGAGGAGCUUAUCCGCCUUGUCAGGGAGAACCCACAAAUCUAUGACACCCGGCAUCCUAAAUAUAAGGACAAUGUAUUGAAAAAAACUACCUGGGUUGAAAUUACCAAAAGCCUUUUGCCAGAGUGGAGCAUGUGCUCAUCCCAAGUUCAAGCUGACAAAGGUAAGUUUGUUUUAUUUUUUCAUUCCCUAACUUAUUAAAUUAUAAUUCUAAGUAGACCCCAAUAACUACAGUGCAUACCGCACACAAAUCCAGAGCAGGCCUUUAUCCAAGCAUGCAUUCUGUGUGGACAUGUAAAGUCUGCUAACCCAUACCAUGCCACAUGUUUUAUAUCUUGGCAUGGUGUUCCUAAUGCACCCUGUCCCCGUGUUGCUGGUGGCACGUGACUCAUUCCCACACCCUUGGUCAUUGUUUGUAUGAGUCUGCGUGUGUCUAUCACCAAAAUAUGUAAACUCACUUUACCAAGUAUGUUUGCAGAUCCUUGGGGGAGUGACUAUCUGUAUUUGUCAUCCUAUUAUGACGUUAUUGGCCAUGGUGGUCUUACAAAGACAUCAUCCUCUGUACAAUGACACCCAGCAGAACACACAUAACAGUAUCACCAAGCCAAUUUUUGGUGUUUUUGUCCAAUUGCAGGUAGAGAAUCACUUCGGAGUCCUUAAUAUGCUGCCAAAAGAUAACUUUAAUCUUUUUUUUUCAAGAUGCAUUCAAAUUACACAUAGUGACAUUUUUAGCUUAGUAUUUUAGGUUUUAAUAUUUAAAGGGCCAUAUAUUUUAAUGACAACACCACAUUUUUUUUUUUUAAAUUGCCUGCAUCUGCCAAGGUAACUCGCCAGCUGGCGAUAGAAAGUAAUUAAGAAAUUGAUCUCGAAUCAAUUUCCCACUGCUAGUGCCCCUAGUCAAACUCCACUGUGCCGCCUCCAUAUUAUGCAUCAUGGAAUCCUCAUAAUCAAUUCCAUCACGUUCUCGCACAUAGUUGUGCAGUGCACACGCAGUUUUCACAGCAGAGACAGCAUGCUCCAAACUGAGAUUGAUGGCGGUGUGCAAUAUUCUCCAUUUAUUGGCAAGAAUUCCAAAUGCACACUCUACUACUCGACGUGCCCUAGUGAGCCGAUAAUUAAAUAUUCUUUUAUCAUUGCUCAGCGCUCUACUUGAGAAUGGUCGAAGAAGAUUUUUACCAAGGGCAAACGCUUCGUCCCCUACAAAAACAAAUGGGAGGGCUGGCUCAUUUGUUCCGGGCAAGGAGGAAUCGUUUGGUAAAUCCAGACUAUUCGCCCUUAUCAUUCUCCCAAAUGUGGAAUGAUUAAAUACACCAGAAUCAGAGCUGCUACCAUAAGCACCCACAUCAAUAUAAAUGAAAUUAUAUUUGGCAUCUACCACUGCCAUUAAUACAAACGAAAAAUAUUUUUUAUAAUUAAAAAACUGACUCCCACUAUCAAAUGGCCUCAGGAUGCGUAUGUGCUUGCCAUCGAUGGCUCCCACACAGUUUGGAAAAUUACAUCUCUCCCAGAAUUCAUCUGAUAUCUUCAACCAAUCUUCUUUUGUAGGCUUUUUGAAGACCAAUGGUUUUAGUACAUUCCAUAUAACAAGGCAUGUUUCAUGUACAAUGCCAGAUAUAGUUGAUUUUCCAACCUUAAACUCAUAGUGGAGACUUCCAAAUGAAUUUCCUGUAGCUAGGUACCUUGAACAAAUAAGAAAUAUUAAAUAAUUAUUAUCUUCUCUUUUUUACAGUGGUAUACAUCAAGAAUCGUUGGCGAAGCAUGCGUGAUGCCUUCAAGAAAUACAACAAACAUCUAAGAGAAGUGAGGAGUGGCUCGGGGGCACCAGCUAGAGUACCCUAUAUGUAUGCAGAGGACCUUGCCUUCUUGAAACCACUCAUAGAGAUGAGAGAGACCGAAGCAAGUUGGGACGAACAGGAUGUCCUGGAGGAUCAACCAGAGAGCCAAUCUGAGGCCCAAUCCGUGCCAGCAGUUUGCAUUGAUCCAAAUGAGGAAAUACCUGAAAUGCCACUUGGGUCAGAUCUAUGGGUCACAAACCCAGAGACUGACUCUGGAUUGCCUGAGCCUAUGCCUGGACCCUCCUCAGCUCCAACAACCAUUGCGCGGCCUGCCAAAGUGGCACGUAAGCGAACGCCAGUAUCGCAGAUGGACAUAAGCGAGCGUCUUCUAGAGAUGUUACAACAAAUGGCUGGAAAGGUGGAUGCUUUCUUAUGUCCAGCUACAAUAUUGGCGCUUAAUUUUGUACCAUUGAUCAAAAAAGUUGUACCUGAGAGAUAUUUAGAAAUGCGAACCACAGUAGAACACGUUCUGCAGUCAUUUACAGUGCCAAGCGAGCAACAUACAUUGGAAAGGCCAUAUGUAACUAAAGAAACAACACAGAUACACUUACCAAUGUCAGGCCAGUACCCAGACCCAGGAAACCAACCUUACCCCUAUGUUCCUCCAUCCUACACUUCAAGCUUUCAGGAGCCAACUUCAAUAUAUGAGAUGUUGGAUAGUUGA